AUGGCAUGCGACGCGCGCAAGAAGGCCCCAGGCCCGUGCUGGAGGUGCAAGGACAAGAACAUGGAGUGUCGGUUCGACAAGAACUUCAAGAGGAUACCAACGAGACAAAUCACGUCGAGCCUCACUAAUGAGCUUCACAACAUGCGAGCCACGCAAUAUACCUCUGAAGGGACCAGUGUCUCGCCACGCCCGCCAUCGGCAGCGCGUGACCCGGAGGAGCAUGCACGCUUCCUCCAGAUCAGUGAGGGGGAGAUCGUUACCGACUUAUCAAUAGGGGCUGUCGGCAUACCUCCCGAGGUAGUGCUUGAGCUACUAAGACACUUUGAGCAACACUACUACAUCCGGGCUGCGUUUCUACAGCCCAUUCAGUCUCCGGCCUCUUGCGCGUCGGAGUCACCCUUGCUGUUCUGGACAAUCCUAUUUAUUGCGUCUCAACAUCAUGAGAGCCACAGUCAUCUAUACGAAAAGUUGUUCUUUCCGCACCGGGACUUACUGGCACCCCUAACGACUUGCGCCCUACACUCAAUCCAGGAGAUACAUGCUCUCUUGCUGCUGUGCCUAUGGCCGAUCCCGAAGCAACGGGAGGUCCUCAAUCCAAUAUGGAACUACAUCGGCCUAGCAAUCAGCGCAUGCAUACGACUAGAUAUUCAUAACCCCCUACCGCAAGAUCACAUCUUGCAAGGUUGGGGCGGGUGGCCUAGAACACUCACGUCCGUCAGCCUGGAGACACAGCGUCUGACGUGGCUCGCAUGUUUUAGCAUCAGUACCCAAGAGUCCGUGUGGCUCGGCUUCGUGCCACCGUUAUCGUCUUGUUAUCAUCUGAAGAACACGCGGAAAGCCGUCAACGGCCUGGACGGCCAUCUGAAACCCGAACAACUGGCCAGUAUAGCCAUCUACGAGAACAUGUGCCACUACAGCGUAGCGCUCGAGGGCAUCGACGAGCCAUCGACCCACUUCCUGCUCACGCAGUCGCACAACGGAUCGCUCGACAUCGUCAAGCAGACGUACGCCGCCGACUGGCCGCGAGAAGUAGACAUCGUAUUCCAACUCGCGAAGCUGAAUCUCCACAGCACCGCCCUGGUGCCGUAUCUACAAAAGGGGUGUACGAGGGAGGCCAGUCACAUCAUCGACCUGCAGACUCUGCUCCUGCGCGGACUAGAGGCCGCAUCAAACCUGAUCGAGGGCAUCAAGGCCGUCUGCCUCGCCCCAGCCCCAGCCCCAGCCACCGCCGAUACCCACGGGGACAACACCACCACCAACACCAUACUCCCCUUCGCCCCGAAGCACUACUUCACGAACCUCUUUUUCGCCGCGCUCUUCCUAUUCCGCACCUACGUCCUCAGCCAGCCCAUCAGCCAGACGCACAAGGCGCUCGCGUACCAGGGCAUGGUCGAUGUGCACGAGAUCUUCCAGCAGCUGCCGCAACGCCGCGACAUCGCACGUGCCGCCAUCUUAGUAGAGAAGCUGCUCAGCAAGGCGCGUCUGCACGAGACCACCACCACUACGACGACGGCGAACUCGUCGUCGCUGAACGAGCUGCUGAUCACGAACCGUCUCGGCGCCUCCAUCGUGUGGGACACGGUGCUGCGGGUGCGCUUGCGCACGAAUGUGCUUACUGUGGCUGCGAACGGCGUCGUGGAGAGGGAGGUGCACCCCGUGGAGGAGGCGGUGCGCGAUCGGCUGCCGCCGGCGCCGGAGAUGAUGCUGCAGGAGACGAGCGGUGGUGGUGUUGCGGCUGGCUUGGACGGGUUCAUGCCGCAGAGUUCGGAGGACUUGAUCUGGGCGGAUUGGAACUUGUUCGUUCCCCAGCCGGGGUAUUCUGAUAUGGGACAGAUGUUUUGGUGA